AUGCAGGGCCCGCCCUGCGAGUCCCUGCUCGACUACAAGACGGCCAAGUUCUCGCUGACGCGGAACCGGCGGGUGGGGCUCCUUCACCGGCUGCUGCAGCUGAGCGCGCUGGGCUACCUGCUGGGGUGGGUGCUGCUGCUGCGGAAGGGGUACCAGGAGCGCGACGCGGCCCCGCGGGUCGCCGUGGUCACCAAGGUGAAGGGAGCGGCUCCCGCCGGGGCCGCGGGCCGGCGGCUCUGGGACGCGGCGGAUCUCACCUGGCCCCCGCAGGGAGAAAAUGUGCUUUUUCUGGUGACCAAUUUCAUUGCCACAGCCCAGCAGGCCCAGGGCACCUGUCCCGAGAGCCCCUCUGUCCUUGAUGCGACGUGCACAGAAGACGCAGACUGUCCCGUGGGAAACCCCGUGGUUCGUGGCAAUGGGAUAAAAACGGGGAAAUGUGUGAUGUUCAAUGCCACCCAUUCCACCUGUGAGAUCUAUGGCUGGUGUCCUGUGGAGAACAGUACCCUGCCCAGGAAACCUCUUCUGGCUGAGGCGGAGAAUUUCACUCUCUUUAUAAAAAACACUGUCCACUUCACCAAAUUUAACUUCUCCAAGUGCAACACUUUACAAACCAGUGACCCCAGCUAUUUCAAGAGCUGCACAUACGAUCCAGUCUUCAACCCCUCCUGUCCUGUGUUCCGUGUAUGUAACAUGGUGGAGGCAGCUGGAGAGAACUUCAGAGACCUCGCACUGCUGGGGGGGAGCAUUGGAGUUCUCAUCAAGUGGGACUGUGACCUGGACCACCCUGCUGCCCAGUGCCAGCCACAGUAUUUCUUCAGCCUGCAGGACACGAGGUACAAUUUCAGAACUGCCUCUUACUACUGGGACUCCCAGCGACAACUCUACCGGAACCUGCUGAAGCUUUACGGCCUCCGCUUUGACAUCUCCGUGCACGGCCAGGCUGGGAAGUUCAGCAUCAUUCCUACUGCCGUGAGCUUUGGCACAAGCAUUGCCUUCUUUGGUGCUGUGAGUACUCCAGAUACACUCUUUCCCUUCAAUCCAUGGCUUGGGAUUUGCCGCUCAUGGGUUGUUUCCCUGCCUGCCUGGGCACAAGGUUUCCUGGGUGCCAGUCAGCAUGAAUGGGAGAUGAUCUGGCAGGCUGUCAACUCCUGUUUCCCUGUGACCAUUAGCAGUAAUGGCAGCACUGGGAUCCUGAGCACUGUCAGGGUCAUGUCUCAUGGGGGCCAGGUGUUUGUGUGGGCCCUGGGAAGGGGCAUUGCUGGGGUGCUGCUGGCAGGAGAGAGCAGCUCCACUCUGCUUCUCCCCUGACUCUAAAGUGACUUGGUGUCCUGUCACCACAUGGGACAGCUCCUCAUAGAGCCCUUAUGUGGCUCUUCCCUUCCAGGUAACUGGAAGGGAGCCUGAGGUCUCCCACCUGCUCCCUCUUUCAUCCCUAACAUGCCCAUCCCAGCCCAUACAGAGUUGUGAGGGCACUGGAAGAGCACUCCCUGCAUCCAUCCAUGGCAGCCCAGGUGAUCCUGUCUGACCUCCUAUGCAGCUCAUGGGAGCCUGUUGGGUCAGAGAGGAGCCAUUGGAGUUGGCAGGUGACCUGAUUGGAGGCAGGGCCAGCUCACUGCCCUCAGCACUGGCCCACAGCCAGUUGCGGGACUCACUGGGAGCUGUGGUGGAGGGCCAGACGUUCCAGCAGGAAGUUUCCCUGCAUACAGUCUUCAA